AUGUCUGCAGAAUGUUAUUCUGAUACAAAAGAGGUCACGGAAAAAAAACAGGUUUCAACUGAUGAUAAGACCAGAAAAAUCCAAAACAAAGGUCAGCAGAGUAAGAAGAUGAAAGAGAGGGUGAACAAAAAUAAGCCAUUGAAGGUUCCACGGACGGUUCCUAAGAAAGACCAUUGUCAGAGGGUGACUUACCUAUACAAGGUUGGAUCACUUAUGCUAUCAAAACAACUUGAGAAGUAUGGCUCAGAAACUGCGAGCAAAUCGGUUGACACACUUUCCCGAAAAUACUUUAACCACAUGGAUCUGGUCAGCAAGAAGGCCGUUCUCAAGCUACAUCCAGACAUGAAAAGAACUCUGUGCAAGCAGUGCUCGAGACUGCUGGUGGAAGGUGUCACAUGCAGCACUCGAGUGGUGAAUAAAUCGAAGAAACGGCUUCCCCACUGCGAUGUUUUGGAACUCACGUGCACGUGUGGGACAGCCAAGCGGUUCCCGGUGGGUAUGGACCCUGAGUACACACUGUUUUCUGAGAAAGAUACUGUACUCUACGAAAUGGAAGAUCGGGCCCGAUGA